UGUAGUUUCCCGCAGUGUGACAGUGAGUUGGCUUCAUAAAUAUAAAUGCAAGUUGUUUGUCAAAAUAUAUAGUGUAAAACAAUAAAUUCUUUGCUAACCAACAUGUCGGAGACAAUCACAGUCACUGAAGCUCCUAGAGCAAAUACAACCAUAUCCUCCAGUCCAAGUGGAUUCCGGCGGCAACCUGCGGGAUUUGAGACCAGAGCUAUACAUGUAGGCCAGGAACCCGAGCAAUGGCGUUCUAUGGCUUUGGUUCCACCGAUCACCAUGUCUACAACUUUUAAGCAAGAUGCUCCGGCUGAAUUUUCCGGAUACGAAUACGGCCGCUCAGACAACCCAACUCGUGGUGUACUUGAAAGAUGUCUUGCUAACCUAGAUGGAGGAAAGCACGGGAUGUGCUUCUCCAGUGGAUUGGGUGCCACGACGGCUAUUAUUUCCAUGAUGAGCGCUGGUGAUCACUUGAUAUCCGCCGAUGAUGUAUAUGGAGGUACCAACAGAUUUUUCUCCAAGGUAGCUAAGCGAAUGGGUAUAGAAUUGGACUUUGUAGACGCUACUAAUCCAGAAAAUGUCCGCAAAGCUAUUAAGAAGAAUACAAAAAUGGUGUGGAUAGAAUCUCCCACAAACCCCUUAUUAAAAGUAAUCGACAUCCGGGCUGUUUCAGAUGUUGUGCAUGAGGAUCCUGAUAUUAUAGUCGUGGUGGAUAAUACUUUUCUUUCAUCUUAUUUGCAAAGACCUUUAGAACUGGGUGCCGAUAUUGUCAUGUAUUCUCUCACAAAAUAUAUGAAUGGACAUUCAGAUGUUAUUAUGGGCGCCGCCAUCACAAUUAGAGAUGAUUUACAUCAACGACUUCGAUUUUUACAAAAUUCAAUGGGUAUAGUACCCUCACCAUUUGACUGUUCUCAAGUCAACAGAUCGUUGAAAACAUUAGCCCUCAGAAUGGAAAGGCAUAGUUCAAACAGUUUAGCUGUAGCAAAGUUUUUGGAAGGUCAUAAGCAUGUUGCAAAAGUACUACAUCCAGGUUUGCCAUCGCACCCUCAGCAUAAAACUGCCCUCAAGCAAUGCUAUGGACAUAGUGGCAUUAUGACAUUCUUUUUAAAAGGCAAUUUGGAAAAUGCUAAAAGAUUUUUCAAACCUUUACAAGUUUUCACUUUGGCCGAAAGUUUGGGAGGAUAUGAAAGUUUAGCCGAACUUCCAUCCAUAAUGACUCAUGCUUCAGUACCAGUUGAACAAAGAGAACAACUUGGCAUAACAGACAGUCUUAUAAGACUCUCAGUAGGCUUGGAAUCUGUGGAUGACCUUAUAAAAGAUCUCGAUAAUGCCUUGAAUUAUGCUUUUGAAUAA